AAAAAAUCUAUGCAAAGGAAAUUAUUCGGAACUGCAUAGAAAUACUGUUGAUUUAAGACCAGAAUGAUUUCAAACAAUAUCUUUCUGGUACUGCUGUUGCUAUAUUGUUGUAAUGCGCAGAGAUUUGCCCCCACUAGACUGCCCGGAUUUAUGCCGGGAACCUCUCCGGCUGUUCCCAAUCUCGCCCUCGACAUGUGCCAGAGACAAGCUGUUGCUAAGCAAUCGAACACGUCAAGAAGCGGAAAGCACGCGGAACCUAUAUAUAAAUGGUGCACAGUAUACGAGGACGUGCUGCCGUGUCUCGGAAGAACUUUACCCACAGCAAGUAGUGCCAGCGACUGGUACCUCAAACUCAUUUAUAACGAAACUAUGGCAACGAAAAUGUCCAACAGUUUAUGCGCGAGAUUUCCAUACAUAUCAAAUCUUACAUGUGUUGACGGCGAUAUGCCAGCAGUUGGUAAAUGUAUGCAGUGGACUACAAAGUCAGCGACCGACCAUUUUUACGGACACUUCCUACCUCGACAGCCCCUAACAGCGCAAAAAAAGCAAAUGGCGGCUAUUUACGCUUGCAUAAUUUCGGUGGCAACGGCUGGGUGUUUCCACAAGGAAUUGAAAAGUUGUUCCGAACCAAAGAGGAAACUGAUGUACGACUUUUAUAUAAUGUUGGCGGGAAAAUGCCGGGAUAUUGCUGGUGUACCUGACACAACAUCAAUAUGUAAGCAAUUUAUUUUUGACAUUUUUGUGUUAACGUCAUUGGCGCCAACACAACCGCCUCUAGGUGACAGCGCUCCCGAGAACCAGCUGGAAAAAUCAAGCGUAGGAACCAGCAAACCGGAACCGGCUCAGAGGGAAUCAACCAUAGUGACUAGAAACUCGACAAAAGUUACGCCAUCGACACACAGGGUUUCAAUUCCUCCAAACAGUGCCAAAUCACCUGAAGAGGACAGUGUCUCAGAAAUGUCUGAAGUUCUUAUACCAGUUAUAUCAAACCAGUCCUCAGUCAUUGCCAACAAAUCAAUGUUUGAAAUUCAGGAGAGUCAACAGAUUGAGGAGAGUCAGAGUCUUCUACCACAAGUACCGACAGAGUUUCAUAACUUGAACAUGCUCAGAGAACCAAACUACAGUAAUGUGAACAAUACAGAGAAAGAUAAGUGGAUGACAAAAAAGACAGACAACAUAAAAGCUAGAGGUGGUAAUAAAAAGAAUGAUUUCAGAGAAAAUGUUAGUUUUAUACAUACAUCUCCAAGUAACAACAUCAGUCUGUCACAAGCAACUGUUAUAUCCAGUCAGAAGGAUGUAAAUUCAUUCUCUCAACAAAUUGAUUCCACAUCUUUGAAUGAAGGAUUCAUUUUCUCACAACCGAUGGUAUUUGCUAGCGAAGAGGAUGUGUUGACGUUUUCACAAGUGGACAAUGCUCUCAAUAUUGAAGGAGAAGUUGUCUCCUCUCAAAGGGCAGUAACUCUAACAGAACAAAAAGACCCAGCAGAUAGAAUUAUUUCUAGACUUGACAGAUUGGUGUCCUCCUUAGACAAAGUUUCUACAAGACAGAAAAUGGUGAUUGAAGCGACCAUUCUUCAGUGUAUCACAAGUUUACAAGAUAGUCUUAACAACAAACUGAAGAAACAACAAUCGACCACUGACAAUGCUGGAAUCUUUAAAAGACUUCUACAGACAACACAGACUGGUUUACUGAAACUGACAGAGAAACAAAGACUUGAAAAGCUGCAAAUGUCACAAGUUGGGUCACAGUCCAUGCAACAUUUAAACACACAAAAACUAAACCAGUCUGCUCUAAGUGACUUUGGAAAGAGACAGAAGAGGGUGUUUAGUUUACUCAAGCGACAGAAAUAUUUAGUUGAUUUAUUUAAAUCAAGAAAAAGAUCUGAAAUUGCAACUGAUCCCAAUGUUAGAUUUAAAACUGACCAAAAACAUGACCUGAGCAGACAAUCUGAAACCAAACAAGUGUCUAAAUCAGGAAUUAUCCAACCUAAUAAUACUAAUCUUAAGAGAAAUCACAUAAGUAAAACUUGUAACAAAUUGUCCACAGAAAGAGAAUCUGAAACAAAGAUAAUAGGUGACAGUCAGACUGAAUCUAAAAGUGAAGGAGCAAAAGAUAAUGAUAUAGUUAAGAUAAGUGAAGAGCUAAGCAAGCAGGUUUGUUUCAUGAGAAGAGGUAGCAAGGAUUCAAAAUUAACAAAAGAAAACAUGGGUGAAGGUCUUAGAAAUAAGGAUAUUGAAGAGGAAGCAGCAUUAGGAAAAGAAUUGAAAAAUGGUAAUAAAGCUGGAAAAGCAGAUGAAGUAUCUUGUACAGUGACAGAUGUGACUAAUAAAGGUGGUACAGAAUUGGAAGAUGCUGAAGAUUGUAAUCUGACACAGGAUUUAACAACUGUGCCUGACACUCAAGACGUCAUUUCACAGGAUUGUGCAGUUGGAAACAGUUCAGACAGUGGUGAUGUCGUAGAUAUAACAGCAGAUAUGUCUGAUAAUGAGAUAUCUGAAUUUCACAUGAAGUAUGGAGUUAAUGGAGGCUGGAGAAAUUGCAAAAUGAAUGAAACCAGCUAG